UCUCUACCAAUUCACAUCAACGUCAAGUGAAUUGAAGAAAAGUGAAAACAGCGGGACUUGAUAUCUAUAAUCUGCAGUGCGCUGGCGACGGAAUUUUCAACCCCAAAUGUACUUCUCGUAAAGGUUGGCAUUUGGCAGUUCACAUCAUUGUUUUUGGUAGAACGAUAAAACCUUGGCGGGGGGACAACAAUGUUCACUGGGCACGGAGAGGGAGAGAUAAACAAGUAUAGUCAAUGAACUUAUUCCUCUGUUUUAUGUUUUUGAGUACUAAUGUUCUACUCUUCCUCUCCCAGAUCUCCGCUGCAGCUGACACAAUUAGUAAAUACGAAUCACUGACCGAUGGCAAGACCUUGGUGUCCAGUGAAGGAAGUUUCGAACUGGGAUUCUUCAGUCCAGGCGACUCUGGGAACCGUUACUUGGGGAUAUGGUACAAGAACAUCCCAGUUAAAACUGUUGUGUGGGUUGCAAACCGUGAGAGGCCAAUCAACGGCUCCUCCGGCGCGUUGAAGAUUAAUGGCACCGGCGGCCUUGUUCUUCUCAAUCAGUCUGAUGGGGGUGUUGUUUGGUCGUCCAGGUCGUCCAAGGAAGCCCGGAAUCCAAUUGCCAAGCUCUUGGAUUCAGGAAAUUUUGUCUUGAAAGAUGAGAAAGACAGUGACCCAGAAAGCUAUUUGUGGCAAAGCUUCGACUAUCCAUCGGACACAUUGCUCCCGGGGAUGAAGCUCGGGUGGGACUUGAAGACUGGUCUCAACCGGCGCCUCGUGGCCUGGAAGACUGCGGAUGAUCCGUCGCCGGGGGACCUUUGUUUCGAGAUAGAACUUGAUGGGUAUCCUGAGAGUGUUAUGCUGAAGGGUUCUACAAAGUAUUUCCGGGGUGGGCCGUGGAAUGGCCUCCGUUACAGUGGUGCCCCGGAGCUAAGGCUGAAUCCAGUUUUCAGCUACAAGUUUGUGUCCAACAGAGAGGAAGUGUUCUAUACGUACGAGCUCAAGAACAAGUCUGUGAUCUCAAGGGUUGUGCUGAACCAAACUGAUUUCCCCCGUCGCCAGCGCUUUGUAUGGAUUGAAGCUAUAAAAACUUGGAAGCUUUAUGGAUCGGUACCAAGAGAUUACUGCGACAGAUAUGGCUUGUGUGGUGCCUAUGGAAUUUGCAUCAUUAAUGAGUCCCCAGUUUGUAUGUGCUUGAAAGGGUUCAGACCUAAUUCAGAGGAGCAAUGGAAUUUGAUGGACUGGUCGAGUGGGUGCGUGCGGAAUACGCCAUUGAACUGCGGGAAUGAAGAUGGGUUUGCCAAAUUUGAAGGGUUGAAAUUGCCGGAUACUACACAUACUUGGGUGAACACCAGUAUGAACCUUAAGGAAUGCAAGGCCAAAUGCUUGGUCAGUUGUUCUUGUAUGGCUUAUGCAAACUCGGACAUUAGGGGAGGAGGCAGCGGCUGUGCCAUGUGGUUUGGUGAUCUUAUUGAUAUUCGGCAGCUUUCGGAUGGGGGACAGGUGCUCUACAUUCGAAUGGCUGCUUCAGAUAUUGGUGGUGAAAAUGGACCUCAGCGUCAUAUUGCGGUUGUAAUUGUAGCUGCCGUUGUACUCAUUUCUGUCCUGCUUAUAGCCAGCUAUUUUAUUUGCAAAUGCAGAACAAACAUGAAAGAGCAAGAGGAAGGCCUGGAUCUACCAUCAUUCAGCAUGGCCACAAUAAUUGAUGCCACUGAUAACUUCUCAGAUAAGAACAAGCUUGGAGAAGGUGGUUUUGGACCUGUGUACAAGGGCACGCUGCAGGAUGGCCAAGAAAUUGCUGUUAAGCGGCUUUCUGUAGACUCUGGACAGGGAUUGAAUGAGUUCAAAAAUGAAGUUAUACUAAUUUCAAAGCUUCAGCACCGAAACCUUGUAAAGCUCCUUGGUUUUUGCAUUGUCAGAGCAGAAAGGAUGUUGAUUUAUGAAUACAUGUCUAAUAAAAGCUUGGACUUCUUUAUUUUUGAUGAAACAAGAGGGAAACUAUUAGAUUGGUAUAAGCGUUUCAAUAUUAUUUGUGGAAUUGCUCGGGGGCUUCUGUAUCUUCAUCAAGAUUCCCGAUUGAGGAUUAUCCAUAGAGAUCUAAAAGCAAGUAACAUUUUACUUGAUAAUGAGAUGAACCCAAAGAUCUCAGAUUUUGGCUUGGCCAGAUCUUUUGGAAGUGAUCAUACAGUGGGAAACACAAAGAAAGUAGUUGGAACUUAUGGUUACAUGGCACCAGAAUAUGCUGUUGACGGACUAUUCUCAAUAAAAUCGGAUGUGUUCAGCUUUGGCGUUUUGCUGCUGGAAGUAGUAACUGGAAAGAAAAAUAGAGGGUUUUAUCACCCAAGCCAUAGCCACAACCUCAUUGGGCAUGCAUGGAGAUUGUGGAGAGAAGGCAGACCUAUAGAAUUGACCAAUGAACUAUAUGGGGACAACUCAUGCCUUCUAUCUGAAGUGUUACGAUGUAUCCAUGUUGGCCUUUUGUGCGUGCAGCAGCAUCCUGAGGACAGGCCAAACAUGUCAACUGUGGGUCUAAUGCUGGCUAGUGAGAGCUCAAUGCCUCAGCCAAAAGAACCCGGUUUCUUCAUAGGCAGGAGCCCAAUUGGUGAAGGAGAUGCUUCAUCCAGCAAGAACAGAUCAUUUUCAACAAAUGAAAUUUCCAUUACAACAUUGGAGGGUCGAUAGAGGAUCAUACAGCAGCAACCUUACCUGCAUAUAACACUCCCAUCACUGGGAAGAUGCUCAUCAAUGCAUCUAUAGGUUAUUCCACUGCAUCUCUGGGUUGUACAGUAGCAGCUUUCUUUCCUCUAUUUAUUUUUAUUUUUUGUCCUGAAAGGCAUCCUUUCUGUUUUUAGGAAAGCAGUAGGGCCCCUAUUUGAAUUCUGAGCCAAAGAAUUUGUGAUUUGUAGAAAAAGCCAAACGUGCCAAAAAGCCAUUUGAAUGACGACGGAUCUACCAAAAGAACCACGUAACCAUGAUUUAGCUACCAAUAUAUCACUGCCACCAAUGGAUAUGGUAUAAAUGAUAACACUUAAAAAUUAGUUUCUUGGGUUUAA